AUGAAAGCACGUCUUGCCAAAAUUACUGCUAUGAUUGAUGGAGAUAAGGAAAUGUUAGGGGUCAGGAAGAAGGAGCUAAACGUAAAUCCUUUAGGAAGACCAAUCACCAAAUCAGAAGAAUCUUGGUUAGUUUCGUUGCAAAUACUGGGAUCAUUAAUUGGGACCAUUUUAGUUGGAUACUGUUCAAGAAAAUUUGGCUGCAAAAAAUCUUUGAUAAUUUCUAGCAUACCUUUUGCAAUCGGUCAAUUACUAAUAGCACAUUCCAAAUGUGUAGCUCUAUUUUGCAUCGCUAGAGUUGUCACAGGAGCUUGUGUCAUUUUUAGUAUUGGUUUAAUACCUGGCUAUGUCGCCGAUAUUGCAAUGGACCAUAAUAGAGGAUUCUUAAGUUCUGUUACAGGAACAACAAUUUCUGUUGCAAAUUUGAUGAAUUUUUCCAUCGGAACUAUAGUAAGCAUCCGAACUAUGGCUUAUAUUGUAUUAAGUAUCAUGGUACUAUUUUUAGUAACGUUUGUGCCAUUCAUUCCUGAUAGUCCUCAGCUGUACAUAGGCAUGCAUAAAAAUAAAAGAGCUGAAGAAAUCUUGAAGAAAGUACGUUCUAAUUCAAAUGAUGAAAAAGGUAUUACGUUAGUUGAUAAUUUAUUAUUAACUCAUGAAAAUAUUAAAGAUGAAAAUGCAGGAGAAAAUAUAUUUAAAUCAUCAUCCACCAGAAAUGGUUUGAUUAUUUGUUGUAGUUUAUUUUUAUUUCAACUAUUUACAGGAUAUGCUUUAUUAUCAUUGUACUUACAAACUAUUAUUAAAGCUUCUAACGACAUCAUGCCUCCUUAUACUGUAUCAGUAACUAUUGGCAUUUUACAAAUGUUAGCUUGUGUAAUUUCCAAUACAUUUAUAGAUAAAUUGGGGAGAAAAAACUUAUUGUACAUAUCCUCAGCAGGCUGUUCUUCGACUAUAAUCUCUUUAGGUAUUUAUUUCUAUUUAAAAAAAUUGGAUUACAACACUGAUUGUGUUUUUUGGUUACCAUUGGUGGCAUUAAGUUUAAAUUUUGUAUCGUUUGAUUUAGGUUGGAGUCAAAUUCCGCUGAUAAUAUCCGGAGAAGUAUUUACGUCAAAUAUUAAAUAUACUUGCAUAAGUAUCAGCAUAGGAUUUGCUACAGUACUGGCGUUUGUAAUUGGAGCGGGCAUACCGUUUCUUUUGGAACUAUUGGGGAUGGAUGUAAUAUUUUUUGCUUGUGGUGUAAUUACGAUGAUCGCUUUUGUCUUUGUGAUGUUAUAUGUGCCGGAAACGAAAGUUUCACCAGAAUGUCCUGACAAUGAAAUUCGAGGAUGUAUACCUUGUUGUCCCGAUCCCACCUGUGAAAAACCGAAACCAAAUUGUCCAUUCCAAAUGUGUACAAUGGAGUGUAGAUUUACAUGUAGAUGUGACGGUGAAUUAAUCAGGGAUACAGCAACCAAUAAAUGCGUGAAAGAGAGUGAUUGUUCUAAAUAA